UAGCAACACAUACAUGCGUUGUUUUCCUUUCAGUGGAUGGAGUUUCAGCGUCCUGAAUUUUUCACAUUCUUGUCCGAAUUUUUCCAUUCAUUCUUAAGAUGGACCAGCAACGCACAAAUUACGCUCCGCUCAGCAGGAUAACAAUUGACAUGUCAAACUUUUUUCAAGACGAAAGAAAAUCUUGUUGCAAGAGUCUCGACUACAAGUCAUUGAAGAAAGUAUCCGAUUUGCAAAAUUAUCUCACCACGGAAAUGGGCAUCACCGAAGAAACGCAGCUAAUGUUAGGAAACUCGAUAUUAUUUGGCUCCGACGACCUUCGAGUAAUUAGAGACGAAGAUGUUGUGAAAUUGAUCCGGAGUAAAUUUGGACGUGCUGUUGAGAAUGAAACAAGAACUUUGGAAAAAUUGAGAACAACAAGCGAUUCCGUCGAAUCUCCACCGAGUGUUGCAAAUAAUGUGGAAUCUGAUGCUAAGAUUUCAGACCACGAAUUAAAUGAAGACAAUUUGGAUGCUAUGUGGCCUCUACCAAAGCGCAAGAGGACAAGAAAACGCCGAGGUAAAAAGAAAAGCGAAGAGCAGAGUGAAGAAGAAAUUGUUAAGGUUGAAAUUGUUCCUCCGGAGCCAAAGAAAUUUCCAAGACGCCAGGAGAACAAUUCCAAUAAACGAAUGCACAUUAGAUUUGACGAUGACGGUCCUCUACCUAAGGCAAUCUCUAAUGGAUACGCUGAGGUCGCUGAGAAUAAGUACGACGAGCAGAUGGAAGUAUCGGAAAUAGUUCCUCCAGAAGCUGCAGAAAAGCCAAUAAUUUUUAGGAGGGCUUUCAAACCAAUUGAAGUUAAAGAAGAAAAACAAAACCCUUAUGAUUCCUACACCGAUCAAAAUCUAUUCGAUCUCCCUCCUGUUACUGAAACUCCGAAGGCCAACGAAAUUAUUGCAUUUCGAAUGCUUUACAUAAGUGAAAACUUUGUUCCUGAGCUCUCUGAGUGGUUAAUUGGAAAAGUAGCUCCUGAUGGUGAUGCCCCAGAAGGUUUACUGGGAUUAAAUUUGCUUCGAGGGAAAAACCCUAAGAAUGAGAUAUGUUCAGAGGAUAAUGGCAGUGUGGAGAGUGAGGUUUUCUUGGUUGCUGCUUUCGAGGACUUGGCCAUGCCAAGAAUGUUGCCGCACGAAAACGGCAAGGUGUAAUAAAAUUAUUAAAUCUGGAAACAGAAAAACAUUGAUAAAUUUAUAUUUUUAUGAUUUAUUGAUCUGAUAUUAUGAUAAUAAUUAAGAAGUAAUAUCUUGAUUUGGUUUAAAUUUAGUGAAAAUUAUUCUUUGACUGCAAGUUUUUUAACGUCCUGAUUAAAUAAGAAAAGUAAAAUAUUACAUUAAAAAUUUUAAAACGUCUAGUUGAUUGCAAGGUCAUUUCAUGGAAUAGAAAUGUAAUUCCUUGAAGAAUUUUAAUAAUUGAAUUAUUUAAUAUAGAAUUAAAAUAUUCAAAAUACUCUCAUUUCUUUUAAUUCAUUCGUAAAAAUGAUGUUCAUUGAUAUGAAUUAAAAUAAAACAAUACCUGGGCCGUUCAGUUCACUUAAUUUGCUGGUUAUACAAUAUGUAUGUAUAUAAUUUAGAAGGUCAGCAGUGCCGAAUAUAUGAACGCCUUCAAAUUCAAUGUCACACAAGCGUCAUGGUGGCACUAUCAAGUUAGUUGGCCCUUCUCAAAAGUGAAACGCUCUUUGAUCAAGGAAAAUGUCUCACACGUGGCUCUCUUUUGGUCCGAUUUUUGCAACGGGAUUCUAAUGUAACAUCAAUUUAUUAAAAAAAAAAAAAUCAGUUUUGAUUUUUCUGUCUAGCCGAGGCAAAAGGAGUUUGCAGAUGAGAUACACUGUUCGGCCGCGCCUUCUGUUCCCCACGGUCACAUUUGCAAAUUUGCCAAUGCGCUGACCUAAAUUUUGUUCUACUUAUCUAGCAUUGAACCAGGCAAGAGCAGCGUUUUCAGCUGCCAAGGUCAAAAACGCGCAUUUGCAUUGACGGGCGAAGAUGUUUGAAAGGCGCGCAUAUAUACCGUUUUGGUUUUACAUAUGCAGCAAGAGGAAUUGAUUGUAUUUCUACUAAAAUUGUACGCGUCAAUGAAAAAAUCUGAAUUCCAAAUUUGAUAUCUUAUAUAAUUUAAAAGAAAACCUUAAAAUUUGCCCCGCUUUUUCCAGUUUUCAAGUGGAAAUAAUAUAAAUAAAAAUUUUCAUUUUAAAUUUAGAACAUUUCUAUUUUUUUGUUUUAAAUUUAAUAAAUUAAAUUACACUCAAAGCCCAAGUUUUUUCAGACUUCACUUUCAUCCAAUAGAGCAAAUCAAUCGAAAGUGAUGAACUUUCACCGCUGUGUGCGAACGUUUUUUUUUCCUUCUAAUUUUGCACAAUGAGACAAAACUGUGAGAACAAAAGCGCAAACCGCGACUGAGCGAGCAUCCAUCUCUCUCAGCACUCGAGCUUAGCGAUCUGCAGAGGUGAUUGUCCGCCGCUGCCGAAAGUACAGGGAAGACGCGGUGCAUUUUUCGGUGCAUGACCCUCUACACAAAAAUAUAUAAUUUAUUACGCAACACUUAGUGAAAAAAAUUUAUAUAUACUUUGAAAAAAACGAAAGAGAAAAAUGGAACAUAAAUGUGAAAUUGGCCCUCGUGGGGGCAAGAAUCAUGAAUAUCAUGAUAAAAUGAUAUAUCUCAGUAUCAUGUGAAUUGUUUUUCCUCAUUGAAGGACUUGAGAGAGUUUUGGCAUGGAAAAUAUUAUGUUAUAUUUUUUAUUAUCCCUCUUGGGAGUGGCAAAGAGGGCAACCAACGCCGUAGGUUCUGUUGGAAUUGGAAGUCCCAAAAUGAUUUUCAAAAACAUGUUUGUAUUUUAUUAAAAAUUAAAAUACUAUCAUAAAG